ACGUCGGGGAAAUGGCCAGAAAGCAGCGUAGUCAUUCCCAUCGUCAUCGUGCGUUUACUUCCUUUCGUUCAGUUCACAGUUUAAAUAGGCCCGCUAAUGGUUCGCGUUGUCAGCCCGCUUGUUAACUCGUUUUUGCCCACGCUGGUCGCAUUCGCAGUCGACUAGUCCGGUAAGAACACCAACUUCUCCGUCUGGCAAAGCAUCAGACCCAGUUUAACCGACGUCUAACUUCACCGAAGCCUACAAAUGUCGUCAACCAUGCUGCCGGUACGAUGAACCGUCAAGUAUAAUGUCAGGUGGGGACACUCAAGCAAGAGCAACCACAGUUCGUUGAUGAACCAGUCGGACAUGUUUGCGAAGUACAAGAAGAAAGUACGGGCCGUACUCCAGAAGAACAGGCUCCUUGCAAAAGCACUCGGGGAUGCCAAAGCGAGAAUUAGCGAGUUGGAGGGUGCAGGCAGCCGACAGCAAAAGAUCGACAACCUUGCGUUGCCUCAGAUCAAGUUGUGGCUUGAGACAAACCUGCAACACAUGCACACCAUGGUGACCAACCACUCGCGAGCCAUCAAGCUGUUGCAAGACAUAAUGACACCCGGACUGGACAUCACUCUCGCGGGCAUCUCUGACCUGGACCUGUCAACUGUUCAGGAACGGAGGCAGUCUCUGCAUCCACCAGGAAGACAGUACUACGACGAAUUUGGGAACAUCACGGUGAUUCUCGAAGAAGAUGAGACGACCAUGGUUGGCAGGUCCGAACAACCGCAAGACUCUGGCACAAAUGGAGCGGAGCCCGAGCCUGAGUUGUGCUCCAAAGUCACUGUGCGCAGGAAGAGCCGCAGAACAAGAUCAUCAGCUGGCAGACGUGCCAGCCUCUCGGAUGAGCCUGCUGACUCUGGUUCCGAACCUGUGGUUCCAACAUUUAAAGUGGUCGACCAGGAAGCCUCAAUUCUCUUGACGGAGGUCACGGGACAAGAGAAGACUGUCGUCUGUGCCGAGUCCGUUGUUCUGCCCCCUCCAGACAAGGUCAAAGGGCCCAGCGUGAACGAGUACAGCGCAGCCUUCAGCUAUAGGCCAAAGAUCCCGCGUACUCCAAACACCGUCAACAAAGACACGAGUCCCUAUUGCUACGAGGAAGACAUCUGCAGCAGCCCCGUGCAAACACGUCAGAGGCAGAGACCGUCUGAAACUCCCCUGCAGCCAUGGCCUAGAAAGUCUGAAACUCUACAUAGGAAUUCGCGCAGUACCAGGAGAAGUGGGCUAGCAGAGCCCAUCGUCUCGAACAGUUCCUCGCCACUACAAUCGGCAUCCCUGUUGGAGUGCGCCUUCGUUGAGUCCCCCACCUCUACUCCACCAUCACGAGGCAGCGACCCAGCUGUUCCCGAAGAGGCUGUGCCCAUUGAUGACACAGCUCUCGGAGAACAGGCACCGCGGAAAAGGACGGCGAGAAAGUCUUGCAUCUCACGAGCCAGUGAUGCCAGGAAGUCGUCUCGUGUGACAUUCGUUGUCAGCAAGGUGAAAGAAAGCAUGGCUGCUCGACAAGAAGGCCCGCGGGACUCGAUGCCCGUCACUGCAGACUCCGAGGAUGCCAAGAAGUCAUCUCGUGCGACAUUUUUUGUCGACAAGGUGAAAGAAAGCGUGGCUGCUCGACAAGAAGGCCCGCAAGACUCGAUGCCCGUCACUGCAGACUCCGAGGAUGCCAAGAAGUCAUCUCGUGCGACAUUUUUUGUCGACAAGGUGAAAGAAAGCGUGGCUGCUCGACAAGAAGGCCCGCGGGACUCGAUGCCCGUCACUGCAGACUGCGAGGAUGCAAAGAAGUCGUCUCGUGCGACAUUUUUUGUCAGCAAGGUGAAAAAAAGCAUGGCUGCUCGGCAAGAAGGCCCGCGGGACUCGAUGCCCAUCACUGUAGACUCCGAGGAGCCCCCGAAGGAACCUUCCGGUGCGCCGAUUUUCGUUUGCAAAAAAGAAAAGAUGGACGCAAGACUCGAAGGCCUCGGCGAUGCGCCACCUCGUACUACAAACUCCGAGGAGCACCACGCCGAAGGAUGUGGCAGCUUGCCGCAAAAAGAGAAGAGCGACAGCGAGAACAUUGGAGCCACAGAACAAAAGGAAGCUUCACAAAAAGCAGCCCGGCUGUCCAAGCAGGCUCGUCGCACCGGCAAGAAAUCGCGUGACAAACCUCGUGACGCCAGCCCCGCGGAAACGGGACCACCUCAGCGCAGUGGCAGCCUGCUCAAGCCAGAGCCGAUGGACGUCGGGGCUGGUUCCUCAACAGAUGAAGACGGUGCCCCACGGUCUUCAACGAGUCGGCCAUCCAGGAGGAAGUUGCAGCCCAAGAGCUACAAAGAGCCAAGCAUUAUGACAAAACUUCGACGACCAUGAUAACAGCGAAAAUGGCCACCAGUAUUGUAUAUAGUUAUAAAUUAUGAUGAUUUUAUGACACCAUUUGUUUUACAGCGUUAUAAGAGCUUAUAUUUUUACCUUUGACAAAGGCCACUGUCAUUUUUAUACUUUUUAGCAGUGUAAUUUUAGCAGUGUGUAAUCCAUUUGACAAAUAAACUGUCAUCUAAAGACACGGGAACAAGACCAGAUGCACAUGUGUGGCGGACCAGACAAAAUGCAGACCGAAUUUGUAAACUUCGAGAUUCAAAGAUUCUAGCCCAAAACUGUCAGAAUCUCUUGGAUUCAGACUGGAUUUGACUUAAACACUAUUGCAGUCAUGCCGAGUGUUUACAUGUUGGUAGAGUCUGAGACGUUGAGGAAAGCCUGGUUCCACUUAGACUGGCAGCAUAUUUUAAUGCAUGUGCUAUUGAACUCAAGCUUGUACAGUAUAUAGCAAGUAUUGAAAGCAUCUAGCAUAUGAAUUCUCAGUUUCCUUCAGCAAGAGGCACGACUGGUCCAAGCGAAGGUGGUCUUGUUGUACAAUACAGAGUCUGGAAACUUGCAAACAUGCUAUGAGCCUUGACAGUUAUGUCUGCAAGUCGAUCAGCAAAGCCAUAUUCACUUCUACUACAGCUAAAUGGGUUUUUCUACCACUUAAAGGAUGGCUCUCGCAUUGGACAGUUUUGGCCUCUACUGCAUUUUUUAGCCUGUUGUCCUCAUUGUCUUUGCAUCGCAUUUAAAAUUUGCAGACCAACUAGCCUGCAACAAAGUUCUUGUGUAACGCAAUGUUUCAUUGUGAGACAAGGAAACAAUGCACUCAUGCUACUGUUUUAGCGCAGAACCACUGUCUGGUGCAUGAUGCGAAAUUGUGUUGCACAAUUUUGGGGAUGUGCUAAGAAAAUAAAGUUUUUUUUAUAGAUUAUAAGAAUUGGCCAAGCUUUUCACUUCAUUUUGUAGUCCUUACCUCCUUCCAGGAUGAUCCU